GGCCAGCAAUGGCGGGAAAGCACACGCCAGAGCUAGAGCCGCAGGGGAUCCGCCGAUGGUGAAGCCUUUUCCUCCAACGCGGGGGUCAAGCCGUCUGUAAGUCUCGGGCAACGGGCUGAAGCCGUCGCCGCGCGAGAGGACGGCAGACGUCGUCGACUCCCAAUUUUGCUUUGAUAAUCACAAUUAACCGUUAAUAGUUGGCAUAAUAAAUGGCGUUGGAGAUGCCCUAAUCCCAAACUCGCCGACCGGCCGCGCCCCCGAUUCGGCGAGGCAGCUGCUGAACCGUUCAUCUGGCGGCUGAACCGUUCUGGCCCCCGAACCCGAAAAACCCGCGUCAUCUGGCGGCACGGUCGCCGCCGCCGUUGUCCCCGAGACCAGUCCGCCAGGAUGCUCCGCGCCGCCAUCUCACGCCUCGGCGCGCGCCUCCGCCUCCACCACGACCCCCGAGCCCACCACCCAUUCCCGCCCUCCCCUCACCUCCGCGCUUUCUCCACCCGCCGCGGCAAGCAGUCCUCCCCCACCGCGUCGCCCGCGGACUACGACGACGAGGGCCCCCUACGCGGCCUCUUUGUGCUCUCCCGCGAUCCCGAGAGCCCUCCGCGGCUGCUGGUGGUGCAACCGCGCCUCCGGCCCGGGAGCCUGCUCGACUCCAAGCUCGCCGAGGCGCUCAACCUCGCCAACUCCCUGGAGGAGCCCCGCGACGGCUUCUACGACCGGGAGUUCAGCUCCAAGGGUGCGCCGCCGCACCUCGUCGUCCAGAAUCCCGCUUCCCGCGGCCGCUCACACGCAGAUACAUAUUUCGGACCUGGAACUGUGGAUAAUGUCAAGUGCUUCCUGAGGGCAUCAGAGUCAGAGGAAGAUGUGGAUGCAGUUUUUGUUAAUGCAAUUCUCUCCGGAAUCCAACAGAGAAACUUGGAGGUUGCGUGGGGAAAGCCAGUUUUGGACCGUGUUGGGCUCAUAAUUGAAAUAUUCAAUGCUCAUGCCGAAACAAAGGAAGCAAAGUUACAGUCAGAGUUGGCAGCUCUCAUGUACAUGAAGACUAGGCUUGUUCGAGUACGUGGCCCAGGUGGGCGAUUAACUUUUGGUCCAAGUGGGGAAGCUGAGGUUGUCAGUGCAAGAGGGAGAGGAAGUGGGGGACGGGGCUUCAUGAGUGGUGCUGGUGAAACAGAACUUCAACUACAACGGAGGAGAAUCCAAGAACGGCGCGUGAGCUUGUUAGCUCAAAUUGAAGAUGUACGCCGUACUAGAGCCAUACAACGUUCAAGUCGGAAAAGGCACGGUGGCUCAUUUGGUCAAGAGCUUGUAACUGUUGCAGUUGUUGGAUAUACAAAUGCAGGGAAAUCUACGCUAGUGAGUGCACUUUCUGAAACUGACCUGUACAGUGAUGAUAGGCUGUUUGCAACAGUAGAUCCCCGGUUACAAAGUGUGAUUCUUCCAUCAGGGAGAAAAGCACUUCUUAGUGAUACCGUUGGCUUCAUCUCAGAUUUACCCAUACAGCUAGUGGAAGCAUUUCAUGCCACCCUGGAAGAAGUGAUUGAAGCAGACAUGUUAGUGCAUGUGUUGGAUGCAAGUGCACCUGAUCUUGAGGAGCAUCGAUCUACUGUAUUGCAAGUACUGCAGCAGAUAGGUGUUACACAGGAGAAGAUCAACAGUAUGAUUGAAGUUUGGAACAAGAUUGAUCUUGUGGAUGAGAAUGCUGCAUCUGAUGGGGUUGAGGAUGAGAUAUUCCUGACUGAAGGUGAAGAGGAGUAUGACAUAUUCUCUGAAGAUGAUGUUCCAUCAGAACAAUCAUCUUUGGAUUCCUUAGAUAAUGGAGCAGAUACAGAAUUUUUACCCGAAGAAAAUUUCGAAGAUAGCAUCGAUGAAGUAUCAUCUAAAGAGUCAUCUGAGAUGAAAGCAGUAAACCCAGAGUUAUCAUCAAGAGAAUGUUUUGGAGAGCUUCGUGUCCCAGAUGCAAAUGGAUGUGCUUUGACACAACAAAUGCCCAUUUGUCAUGUGAAAACUUCUGCUGUGACAGGGAUAGGAUUGCAAGAGUUGUUGACAUUGAUAGAUACGAAAUUGACUGAACAACAAAAUGUUGUGCAAAGAAGCUAUGGGCCUUUAGAUAGAAAAUGGAGACCUACUUGCUCUAUGGAUGACGAAAAGGCUGCAGAACAGUAGGUAUGCUGUGCCUUCUUAUUUCCCCUGUCUAUAUGUUACUGAGAUCAAUAGCAGUAUAGUACUCAGUUUCUGUGUUUGCCUCCAGUAGACAGGGAAAUUAUGCAAUGCUUUUGGAUAUGCACUUAUGCAUGUUGUACGAUUUGUAUUAAUAGUCAUUCAAAGAGUACAUUGAUACUCUUCCUGAAAACUUUUGCAUCAGAAAGAUUGACAAGAACCUGCAGUGAGGAACAUACGAAUUUUGAUCAAAGCAAGUCAUUUAACAGAUUGAUGAAUUUCAAUUUAUCCAUCAGCAAUGU